CGAAAUCUUUUCAUCAUGUUCAAAGAUAGCAAUUUCGUCUGAGGAAAAAAUUGGCACUAACAAAAGAGACCAAAGCCCUCGCCCUGGUUGAUGCAUGUGGAUGUGAUCAUUUAGUCCUUGUUUUUCAGUCGACAACAGUACUCAGUUUGCACAGGUAUUAAACAAUAUUUAGUGAUUUCGCGUGCCUGUAUCGCUUGUCUAACACGAACAUUGUUUGUUUCAGGAGAAACCUUCAGAGGAACACAAACCCUACACUGAUCUAAGUAGUCGCUGGUGCAUUGUUUUUCAUCACAAUCACCUUUAAGGCUGAAUGAUUCAUCAGAUAACGACGAAAAGUUUAUUGCGUGGAGAAGGUGAGCAAAACAAGGAUUUUGAUGUCUAAGCAUAUUUUACCUGGUUUACAGAAAAGAGGUUUUAUGAUAAGGGCUGCUAAACACCAUAUCAAAAUACUUUUUAGUACAUUGGCUGCCUCCUUUAAACUGCUGUUACAGAAUACCUGCGAGCACGUUUUUUUAAAAGUCUUCUAGACAAGCGAUGGCGGCGUCAGCGCGCGAUUCGAAUUCAGGAGUGGUUGACUUCUUUGUCAUCACUGAUCUUUUCUCUUCGACUUAGUAGGCCAGGUAAGGGAUACGUGUUAUGGGGAACAAAUGUACCAUCAAGACCUCUUUCACUCCCAACUGAUUUACUAAGAAAAGUGUGUUCUCGUUCGCACAUUAACAUUUUCACAAGUGAAUAAACAUUCCACAUUUCUUCAGUCUUGCUUUAGUUGUCGUACGCUCAGUGUGCAUUAGGCGAACAUGAAUAAUCAUAUUCAUUUUCCUCGUGUCCUUUCUUACAGCACCCUUCUGUUUUGCUUUUUAUAAAGACUCGCUCCUUUCGAAACUGUAGUCAUGUCAGGUGUCAAUUUUUAAAACACAUAGAUUCACUCCCUUUUAGGGUAUAGAAUACAGGGUGUCCCAAAAAUUCGUCCCUCUACUUUAUAAGUCUGUAACGCAGUAAGAUUGGACUUGAUAAGCAAAUAGUUUAAACAAAAGUUUUGUCUUUCAAUCUAAUUUAUUAGUUCAUACUUAUUAUAUAGAUACUGAUAAAAUACCAAGAUUUUUCCAGAACAUUACAUGGCCUCUUGUCUUUCAGCACGAGAAGGUAACAUUCAUAUCCCCGCGCGGCCACGUAAUAUCCUCUGUUUGUUGUGUUAUCUUUUGACUCGACUAUUCGAUUUGUGUGCUUUCGCGUCAAAGGUGCGCUGCGCGAGUAAAUUUUCCCGCCAUAUAUUUUUCUUGUUUUGUAGCCCGAAAACACUCAGCUGCCUAAGAGCAGAAACAUGUAUACUUCGACCUACUGGCUUAUCAGUUAAAGAAAUUACUAGAAAAAAUGGAAAACUCCGAAUGUUGGGUGGUAAGAUUGUCAUAGAGAAAUGGAGGUUUUAAAGACAAGAAACAAGGCGGGAAGACCGCAAGUCCUGAAUAAAACCGCUAAAAUAGUUUUAGAGAAGGCUAGGUACAAAAGAGGAAACCCGACGAGGUAGCUAUCACAACAGUUAGCAAGUGUGGCGCGGGGUUCAUGAAAAGUAAAGUUUGGAGACCCCUGAGUUGACAAAAAAACCCAGAACCUAGUCCGCCAAGCAACGUUCAGCUUGUCUCAAAUUUGUAAAGAAGUACAAAAGCCUUACUGUGGAAAAGGGCCGGGAUGAUUAUCUUUUCUUGGAUCAAUGCCCCAAAUAUUUUUUUUCAGCUGCCUAAUGUAAAAAAUUAUAUUGUUUGGGAGUCCAAGUGGCUUCUGCAUACCAGGCGAUAAAAAAGCUUAAAAUGAAUCAUCUGGGGCUCCACAUGCUACAUGACUUAUCCCACUCAAUACCGCAACUACUACAGAGUGUGAAAAAAAACAACAACAACAAAGGGGGUAUGCCGGUUACUGAACUUCUGAAUACAUGUUUCCGAUAGAGCAAUAAACAUCUUUUCGAAAUUUCAUGUAAAAAUAAAGUUCUCAUCAAAAGUUGUAGCUCAUGAAAUUCAUAGAGGAACGAACUCUUGGGACACCCUGUAGAGCACUAUCAGCUAUUAUAUAACCCUGAGCGAAUUAGUGUCUUAUAUUCCUCCUAUCAUUUAUAUUCAGUUGUUUGUGUUUUGCUUGAACCCAUUAGUUUUCCCAAAUUUCUUAUCGUGGCGCAAAGUGUGCUUAAGUCGCUAAACAAAAUUCUUAAAAGUAAAGCGCGGAUGUCCCCCCAAAAUGAGAUUAUCAUUUCCAUAUUUUGUAUCUCCUAUAUUUAAUACCCUACAUAGUAAGCUUACCGCAAAUUACGUCCCUAAUUUCUUUUACCGUCUUUUUAGGAAAUUAAAAAGAAGGAUUGAUGGCCCAACACCAGGAGCUUAAAAGAAAGGGAGAUGUUCUUGAACAGCUGGAAAAACAUAGCACUCCACCUCCUCUUUCUAUUGAAGUGCCCAAGAUGUGUGACCUUCCUAACAAGUCCGAGCCUUGGCCGAGUGAUGAUUGGCUCCCAGUUGACAUUCUUUUGUUGACGGUGGCGGACUGUGAGUUCUUGGGAUGUUACGCUUUCAUGAAAAAUGCCUUUAAAAGUUAUCGCAAAGACCUUGGAUAUGUUUACUUUGGAAACAUGGGUGAAAGUGAGAGCGAACCACUGAAGGUUGCUUUGAUGAAAUGUUGUGAAGGUUCUUUUGGUCCAGGUGGCUCCCAAAUGGUCACCAAAAAUGCAGUGAUGCAACUGCAACCUAAAGUUGUCUACUCUGUUGGCUGCUGCGAGAGUCCAUGCACAGCGAGGUUAGGGGAUGUUGUGAUAUCCUCUAAGCUGUCUACCCAAGCCUUCAGAACUCCAGUGGGAAAAGAUAUCAGAAAUCUCAUUCAGCAUUCAAGUGAUGGCUGGAAUCCACCAUUGAGAAUUCCAAACGCUCGUAAAGUAAAUGUGCACCGUGAUGGCGAGAUAUUGUCUGGUGUGGGUCCACCUAGUGCUAAACUGUCAUGUGUGUCCAACUCAAAUGCUACUGCUGUUGAAUCAGAAGGAGAAGGUUGGCCUUAUUUUUGCUUUUAAUCUGAUAUAAUAUUUGUAGUAUUUCAUUUGCAGCCCAAAUCCCAUUGAAGUCCUCAAUAUGUUUUAACAUAGAGAAUAGGCAAGACAGCUAUAUUUAGGGACUGGUCAAAAAGUAUGGUGGGGGUGAGCCGGAGCAUUUGGAAAUGUGGUUGAUAAAAAACACAUGGCCCACCCCCUCCCUUCGGCGCAAAAAUGACUGACCUACCCCUAAAGCAAGGUUGGAAAUUGCAUGACCCACCCCCUAGUUAAAACAUGGAUGUUUGGUUUCCUCUUAAUAAUCCAAUAAAACCUUGUUUUGUGCUUGACAAAAUUUGUUGGUACACUGCUACAACCAUAUCAAAAUCACAGAAAUAAUACCUUUCACUGAAAAGACAAAUGUGAAAAACGGAACAUUUCUUGUUUCGAUGGACGUUAUGAGUCUUGACACAAAUAUACAGCAAAACGAGGGUAUAUUGAAAUUGUCUGUCACAAAGGAUAUGAAAAUUUCCACAAAGACAACCCAUUCCUACACAUUACUGGCCGGAAAUGCUUAGAUCAAUCUUCAAAGAAAAUAUAAUUUCUUCCACUUCAAUGGAAAGCACUACCUACAAAACCAUGGAACUGCAAUGGGCACAAAGACAGCAGUUUUGAUUCCUUUGCCAAUAUUUUCGUGAUAUAUAUUGAAAGAACAACUCUAAGCAAAACUGUCUUUAAAACAACAGUUUCGAAAUGCUACAUACACGAUAUCUUUUCCCUAUGGGACGUGAGUAAACCAGACAUCGAAGCCUUCAUUGAACAAGCAAACUUACAUCACCCAACUAUUGAAUUCACAGCCGAAACAUUUGACACUGAGACUGCAUUUUUAGACACGGUUGUAUACAAAGGCACAAGAUUCAAGGAAAAAUCUAUCCUUGAUGCAAAAGACACAUUUUAAACAAACGAAAACCUUCUUGCGCACACAUUUGACCUCGUGUCACCCUCCAAAUGUUAAAAAAAAGAUCUGUCAAAGGAGAAGCCUUGAAAAUUCUACGAAAAAAAAAACUCCUCAGAAACAACCUUUGAGGAAAAUAAUUCAAACUAAAAAAAAAACGCUUGAUGGACGGAGGCCACCCACAAUCUUUGAUAGAAAACCUACUAUCAGAAUGAAAGUCACAAAAGGGAGUCUAAACUCCUAAAACAAAACAACAAGGAGGAAAAAGAAAUAUUGCCAUUCGUGACACAAUACCAGCCCUCAGUGUCUAUUAUAAAGGAAGCCUGAAUGAAAAAAUGGAAUCUUAUACAAAACCAACUACAACUUCAAUAAAUUUUUAAAGAACCACCAAUCAUUUCCUUACAAAAAGGAAAAUCAUUAAAGGACAUGCUCGUUAGAGCCAAAAAAAAAGGUUAAUAGAGGGUUCCACGCCCGUAUAGAUGUGCGGCCUGUCACCCUUUGUAUUUUCUCGCACAACAGGUUUGUGAGUAUUUUAGCAAUAAUUCCAGCUGGCUGUGUUUUAUAUAACAAGUGUAGUCAACUGUCUCGUUAGUAGUUAGUGCCUAUCUAUGUAAUAAAAUAGGGUGACCCACCCCCUAAGAGUAGCUGAAAAUUGCAGCACAAGGCUCAAAACCUCAUGACCCACUCCUUCUCUGCUCCGGACCACCCCCCUAUACUUUUUGACCAGUCCCUUAGUUCAAGUAGUGGACAAAUUUUCAACUAGUGUUUUGUUUUGCAGAAAUAGCAGAGGUUUCACCUUUUUAUGUUGAAAGUUGUGAUGACAUGCUUCAUAUGGAUAUCUUUAAAAUUUUGGACAAACUUAAGAAUGACAAAAAAUCAAUAUGUCCUUUUAGCAACACUUCUCGUUCAUGGCAUAAAGAUAUAGUGAGAAAAAACGGAAAUGAUCAAUUUGCAUGAAUUUGACGAGAAAUUCUCACUUACUGCAAAGAUUUCUUGUGAAGUUUUAUCUUUUGUUGUAAAGUGCUCUUUAAAGGAAAGGCUUAAGGGAAAAGUAGUUUAUUUUCGUGUGCUGUCGUCUUAGGCUCACGUUAUACUAGUAGUGAUUCGCCAAGGAAGGACGGCUUGACUUCCUGGAAUAUCGGGAAAACACCAAGGCUGCAUGUUUUUAGUUUGUUUUAUUUUACAAAAUUUUGCUGAUUUCUCAGAUUAUUUGGUCAUGUUCAUUAUUUUUAUUAUUGCCUGUCUGGGUGCAGGUAAAAGGCUUUAUCACACACUUUUAAAGACCACGGUGUAACUUGUAUAUGAGGCUGUUGGCCUCACCAUGGGGCAUUUGCAGCUUUCUGUAAAACGAGACUGGGUUUGGGUGCAGUAUAUGUGCCUAGCAGUCGCCUUUACCCUUUGGAAUUUUUUUAUAAUUUUUUUAAAAAGAUUACACAGAAGGCGGGAGUAACACAGAAAUUAAAUGUAUGGUCAAUCAAAUGGUAAUGAGUCAAAUAAGGGAAUAAUUUCAGUUAUUGCGGCUACAUGGAAGCGGUAAGAUCAAAUUUUUUAGCGACAUUUCUGGUCAUGCGCGUUUUGUCCAGAUUGCCCGAGUCUUUAAAUAUUAAUAUUAUGGGUGACAAAUUACAUUCACAAGGUACGCUGAUUACGCGGGAUGACGUAGUCAGCCAGCGUCUAAAAUUCGGUAGCGCAUUCCUUUCGUCGUCUUGGGAGUCAAAAAUUGCUUUGUUUUUUUAACUUUCCCGUAUCCCGUGCCCGUCCCGAAAAAUUGUGUGGAUUUUUAUUGGCCCCAACGUCGAAGCACGUGCAAGUCAGGCUGGAUUGCACAAGCCGAUAAAACAUACUGCGUCAGCCAAGGAGGGAAAAGUAAGCUCACUGUGUAGAGGAGGACGAAGACUCAAGGCCGUGCUCUUAAUACGGCGCAAGACUUGGCCUCGGGCGACUGAAAAUAUUGUCUAGGUGGCCCAGCCGGGCGACUUGGUGGUGUUGGUUUCUUGUUUCUGUUGAGUUACAGCCCGGGGGGGGGGGGUACUCCCCCGAAUUUUGGAUAGGGGUGUGCCGCAAAGGUUCGUGAACACUAACCCUAUUUAAGGCCAAAAGAAAGCGAAAACUGAUACCCUUUUUAAGGCCCAAAGCCGAAAAAUGACACCCUAUUCAAGGAAAUAACAAAAUUAUUAAUAGCAUGAAAAGGAAAACUUUAUUUCUUCUCUGUAACAUUAGAUGUAUAGCAUCAAGCAUAAAAUACUACAAUAGGCCUAGCUUAAUAAUAUGCAAUCAUAACCGACGGGCAUUUUCAUACUCCAGUAUUAGAUAAUACAAUUAAGCUACCCUAUCUAAGGACCACACCGGGGACAGAGAAACAAAAGGGUAAAAAAAGAUACCCUAUUUAAGGACCGAGAACCUCAAAAACCAUACCCUAUUCCGCGGCACGUACCUAUAUAUCCCAUAUAUGGGAGUACCCCGGGAGUUACAGUCAAAAAGCUAAGAAUGUCUAGAAUUUAUUACUUGCGAAAUCGUAGCUCUCUCGGUGGCUUCGCGGCCUAAAAAGAACGCUCCUCUCGCUAAGAAACUCUUGAGGUCGACUCUGUAAGUAGCAAUAAGUAGCAUGUCUAUCAAAAAGCUUUAGGAAAAUGUUGUUAAAUCGGGCAGCGGGCACGCGUUGAUGUUCAAAGGUCGUUUCACAUGUAACAUAAUCCUUGACUAUGAACGUGACAAGCUGCACAGUUUUCGAUAGUAACAGCUUUUCAUAGUAAGAUUGAAAGAUUGAAAUUUUUUCUUCAAAUUAGGAUUGUUCAUUAGUUAGUUUUUCAAAACAAGUUGUUACUUUUGCUCUGACAGGCGUGAAGUACGGUCGGCGACGCAAAACAAUAGUUUUGUAUUUUGAAAAAUCGCUGAAUAAACAAGGGAGUCGGUCUUCUAUGUUCUUUAAAUAUUUUUACCUUUUUUGACUGCUGUGUCUGCGAGGAUAAAACAUAACUAAGAUUGUUAUUCCAGUAAAAUACGAUGCAUAAAAAAGAAAAGAGACGACUAUUAUAAUUGUGAUUGUUCUAGAAUCGGGUAUAAAGGGGGUAUAAAUCUAUAAAAUCCCUCAUUGUCUUUCGUGUCGUGACAAGGCAUUACGUAUCACGUACUAAAAAUAAAUACGCAAAAGCUAACCGAAUCUACAUUUGUCCUGAACAUUUCACCGGUAAUAUAGAAAGAAAAUACUUCUGUUUUGCGCUUAAAAGACGACUUUACAACAAGAUGAUCUAUUCAAAAGAGAUAAUAGUUUUGGGGUGGCCCCCGGUGGGGGGGGGCACUUCCUUAUAAAGAGGCUAAUGGGGAUGUGCCGCUGGAUGGGGUCGCAUUUUCACGACUAGAUUGAACAUUAAUGGGGUUGCAUUUUCAAUAGAGUUACUAGAAUGGGGUCGCACAUUUUCGGAUUUUUGGGGUAAGAGAGCUGUUCAUAUUUACGGUUAGCAAACCUAUCAGGAUAUUUGUACUGUAGGUGAAAAGUAAAGUGUUCUUCAUUCAAUUUAUUAAAAAAAUAGGUCAAUUCAUUUCUUGA